CCCACUCCCUUUGAACCCGGCACGUUUGGAAGAGGCCACACUCUGGACGUGGCUCGCACUCAUCCCCUUAUUCCUCUCCCGCCUGUUUUACCUCAUAUUUUCUCUUCGCCUCGACCCCGGACUCCUCAAGGUAGUGCAUGUCACUUUGGCACGUCGCAGACAUUAAACACACCCGUUAAGCACCUUUUGUCUACUGCGGGGAAGGAAAAAGUUAUGAACGGGUUCGUUCAGGUGCUCGAGCAGCUCCGCGGGGCCGCUGUGCUGAGGCAUCAGGUUUCGGACACCGCCAGUCAUGACGGUCAGCGGCCGGAGGUACUGAACAAGAGCCGUCAGUUUUUGAUGAGGGCGGCAAACCGGAUCUUUUCCGAGAGACAGCUCUGGGCCGUGGAGGUCUGCUACCACUUGCUCGGCUAUCACACAGACUUUACCAACGUGCCGUACUAGUCGUUCACCAACCUCACGGCACUCUACUGGACAAAUCUUCCGGCGAUGGGCGCACCUUCGUUGCCAGGCCGGCGUACAAACAGACGCGGAGGAGCCUGAUGAGACGGUACAACUUAGGGGAGGCGGUCGGACGCUGCUGUACUUGGAUGCCUAUGCCUAUAGAGGGCCGAUUCUGAGAGAUGUUUGUCUCUACGAUUACAUGUCUAUGAUUAACCUGGUGCGUCGUGGUGACAGAGCCGAGGACGAGACCAACAUAGCUCUUGAGGGGC